AUGGAUGAAUCCGAAUUACCCAGUAGUCCUUCGGAUUUUACGACACCCUUGCCGUUUGAUGCUGAAGACGGAAAUGGCUAUCAGGGUGAUAUUUUAAGAGAAACUAAUGCACCCGUUGUGCCCAGCCCGAACCAGCAGUUUGUGAACUUGCCUUCGCCUAGUUUGGGUAACGGGCGAGUGUAUCAGUUUCAACAGGACGGGAAACUAAAGUUAAAGAUUUCCUUGAAGGGACUAGGAGAAUGCCCAAGUAUAGAUGAUGUUUGCAAUAGGAGUGUAGAACAAGGAGCUCCUCAGCAGACAGCGCAUUCUCAAAACUCCCACACAGCCACAAGUACCCAACGGGAUGACACUGAGCUGUCUAGCACACCAAAUGGAGAAAUACCUUCAAAUACUCAAGCAUCGCAAUCGGUCAUGCCACCAAGUGUAUUAGUACAACCCAGCUUUAUUGAAUCUAAUACAAACGAAAAUGACGUGGACGAUAUAUUUUCUGAUGAUGUCAAUCUGUCCGAAAUAGAGGAUGCGAAGAUAGACUCGAUGAAACUGUCAGACUCCAUCUCAUGUGUCAAAUCGAAAACUACAUUCCAAAUCGUAUUGAAAUUUAGUCCUGAAAAUAAAUAUAAAAUACACACUGACAAUUUGAGUUGCUUAGAGUCCAGCAAAAGAAUCAAUGCUAAAACAAAAUCAAAAGUCCUAACACCCAAAAAGACAAAGGCUAAAAAGAGACCAAAACCGUUGUAUUCAAGGCUUAUGGUAAAAAACUCAGCAGGGGUUCCACUCUCUGUAGUGGAGGAUAACUUACCACAAGCUGCCAAUGAAGAUGAUCAUGAAGACGAUGGGCUCAUAGAGCAAUCAGUUAGGUUAUCUCUAAUGGAUCCAUUAUCAGGCUCAAAAAUGGUAACCCCACUGCGAUCUAGAUUCUGUUCCCAUGUUGAAUGUUUUGAUUAUGGAUCCUUUUUGGCGAUGUACAACUUGAGACCAUUUCGAAUAGCAAUGAGGAGACAUGGGAUUGCGUCACCCAACGUUGGAGAUGUAGAUAUUCUAAAAAUAUUGGAAGAUACAAAAAGGGAAGUAAUAAAUGUCCAGCAGCAUAACGUGCAGACAACAUCAUUUCAAUAUAAUGCCAAACUACGAACACUAAAAGAAAAAGGUAAAAACUUAAAUGAGCUAGAAUGGUUCUGUUGUCCAAUUUGUAAGUUGGAAUUUAAUAUUAAAAAGUUGGGAGACGUUUAUGUUGUUGGUGAGUUUAUAGAUUUAUUACAGGAUUUACAGUUUGAGGAAAAUCACGAACAUGUUCAUGAUGUUGAAAUAGAUAUGUCCAACAGAGGAUCAUGGCGCUGGAUAAAGGAAGAAGAUACAGUAUCAACAUCACAGACCCCAAACCCACACAAGCAUCCCUCUACAGCUACUCCCGAUCCUCCAGAUUCUGAACAUCAGCACGACCAUCAUCGUAGUAGUAAACAGACAAUUAACAAUGUUGAAGUGAUCUCCUUAUCUGAUGAAGAGGAUGAAACAGACACUCAGUUGCAUGGACCUAGUAGCGGGCAACAACUACCAACUAAAAAUAGCAAUGAGGGUACCACUGUUGUUUCCACACCUGCUUUUCAAAAAUCCGACCUUGUCGUGGAGAACUCAGAAGAAGACAUGUUACGACAGUUGGAUAUGCUUUUCGAAUCUGAGUUGUUUCAGAAACAGAGCAACCUACACAAUGCCAAAUUUAUCCAGAGUGCAAACCAAGAGAUCCAACGUCCUGGAGUUGUUGCGUUUCGCCCCGGGCCUUUUACAGCUACGCCAGCUACGCCAGAACCUGUGUUUAUGCAUGGAAUUGGAGAGGAAGACGAUCCAAUUGUUCUUGACUGA